AUGUCUUUACAAAGAGCUGCUGCUCCUCUGACAUCAUCAGCGCCCGUCGUUUUCAGAUUUGCCUCUUCACAAUCAUCAACCUCUAUGCGAGAAUGUCGCCAUAUCUUUCGUCAAUUCUCAUCUUCUCGAGUCGCAAACGCUGAGGCAAAACGCAAGAUGCAGACAAGUACUUGGCAAACAUAUACCCUGUCUACUCCUCCACCACCACCGCCAGCCCGCGAAGCCGCUGUCCCGGAAACAUCCAUUACCGGGGGAAUUCCACAAGUUCAUGAUACCCGACCACCUUCUAUCAGCAUUACAGAAGCUGAAGCACAAAAGAUGAAGCCCGUGAAAAAGAGACCUCGUUACAACUUCGUUCCUCUUAAGAAGACCAUUUCCCUCACUCCACGAGCCGUGGAAGCUCUGCGCGACCUGAGCAACCAACCCGAGGCGAAGCUCAUCAAGAUUAGUGUCGCAAAUCGCGGAUGUAGUGGAUCAGCAUAUGAUUUGAAAUAUGUUGAGAAAGGGGCCCCAAGCGAUAUCGUUCAUGAACAAGAUGGAGUUAAGGUGUUGAUUGAUCCAGCCGCACAACUUAAGAUCAUUGGCAGCACUAUGGAUUGGGUCGAGGAUAGACUAAGCGCAAAGUUCGUUUUCGAUAACCCAAACAUUGACAAAUCAUGUGGAUGUGGUGAAUCAUUCAUGACGAAAGACGAAUCGGCCGCACGAGAAGCAGAAAAGAAAGCUUCCAAGGGCUUUUAA